AUGCCUGCCGUGCGUGCGUUUGGCUUCGAUUGGGCUGUAAGCAGCGACGACUUCGUAUACACAGGUGUUGCAGCUUUGAUACUUCGCACGGCAUGGCUCAUCGCAUCGGCUGUCGUGCUACAUCAACACAUCGACUCCACACGGACACUCACAUCCUGUAGCGUAUACGAGCACGCCACCAUAUUCCUGGCCUGCCUACUGACCGACUUGUCUAUCCAAUGUGUGCUGCAAUUCGUUGUCAUAUGCAGGAGUGGCAGCGGCAGAAUGAACGACCCAAAACGUGACGCAGCCAUGAGCAAGUUGAUCAUAUUUCAAUUGGUGAUGUUUCUUGAAGAAAUUAUAUUGCUCAUUCUUGGCUCAGUGUGGAUAUUUUCUGGCGAUUCAAGUUGCGACCAGACCGUCACUAAAACAAAGGCGUUGAUCGUCACCGGAUACAUAUGGAUUUCUCUCUGUGUGGUGAGAAUUUUGUGCAACACCGAUCCUGCAGGCUGCUGUCGUAGCCACGCCUGUGGGCGGAGCGACCGAGAUGGUCCCUACAGAAGUUCGGAACGCUCCUGGGAGAGCUGCUGUAGUUUUCUUUGCUGCCUUGCUGAUCUAGACAACUCAAGUCGUGGUGUGAUUCUUGACAUAUCACGACUGUUCUUCACUAUCUUGUCAAAAUCAGGAAUAAGUGGGAGAAUGCUUGUGACUGACUUUGCAGCAGCAAUGGCUUUGAUACAGAUUCGUCAAAAGCGAGAAGAAAAUGAACACAAUAAGAUGAAUUGUAUAGCCGCUGGAGACAGGCCAUACUCUGGUAUGGUAGGUGACUGUGACCAUCCCUGCUUGCCACUCGAUUUCAAUAAUCCCGAGCAGCAGGAAAUGAUAGAAAAAUGCAGGAACUCGGAGUAUUACUUUAAGUAUGCUCUUGCAGCUUAUGGUUGGCCUCUCUUAUUGUGUAUGCGGAUCGGGACAGGGUUGUGUCGUCUGGCGCCCAACUGUCGAUGUUGUACUUGUUGCAGAGUGCAUGCUACUCCCAACGAUCAUUGUGUAGAGUGUAACACUGCAGCCGUUCUGUGUCAGACCGGUCUCGACAGGGAUGAUCUCAUUCACGUGACAUACCACAACAAACCGUAUCAGCCGCCAUAUUUUGUAGCUGUGGAUAGAGUGAAACGAAGCAUUGUUAUUGCCAUCAGAGGAACCAUGUCUGCUAAUGAUUGCUUGACCGAUCUUGCAGCAGAUGCUGUCAGUCUUGGAGAUUCUGAUAAUCAACUGCAUGCUCAUGGAGGCAUUUACAAAGCAGCACAAUAUGUCAAAGCCCAGAUAGAACAAGAACAAGGGCGUUCACAUGAGCAAAGUAUUUUACAAAAGGCAUUCGGAUAUGCCCACAGAGUGGAUCCGAAUACUGAAUAUAAGUUGGUCAUAAUUGGUCAUUCACUUGGUGCAGGAACAGCCACUAUACUUUCUCUCCUCUAUGUCUUACAAGACAGAGAUCGCUAUUCUGGACUCGCCUGUUAUGCUUACUCGCCACCCGGUGGUCUCCUUAGCCUGCCAGCAGUAGAACUGACAAAGGAAUUUACGACAUCUAUUGUUAUUGGUAAGGACAUGAUUCCACGUCUUAGUCUAGAAAAAGCAUACCAGCUUUGUCAUGAUAUGAAAUAUGUUGUCAAGAGUACGACAAUGAAAUUUCGAGCAAUGGCAAAGCAGAUGAUGAAAUAUUGGACGAUUGCAUUGAAGACACGAAUCAGUUAACUACAGAUUCCAAUCCAGUUGCACUGCAAGUUGGUAGCAACAGUACACCAUUAUACCUGGCAGGGAAUGUUCUCUAUUUAGUAGAAUUACAGCCUGAUAAAGAGAAGAAACACUACCAAGCAUUCUG